AUGACAGCAGAGAGCAACCUGUGGCCGUCGAGUUUGUUCGCCGCUCGCGACGAGUCAACGGCCUUGGCUCGGGUAAAGCUCGGCAGUCGCGCUCCUUGCUCCGUGCCGCUGCUUGCUGCUGCUGCUGCUGCUGCUGCUGCUGCUUCUGCUGCUUCUGCCGUCGCCGCCGCCGCCGCAAAACGCGCCGACUUCCCUACACAAAACGUCAGGGGAGGCAAAACGACGUGCAUCACGUGA